CUUCUUGAUUCAGGUAUCGAUGCUAAUUACAGAGACAUUGAUGAUCGGACUGCUCUUCACGUUGCGGCUUGUCAAGGUUUGAAAGAUGUUGUUGAGCUUCUUCUUGAUCGGAAAGCUGAUGCUGAUCCUAAAGAUCGUUGGGGAAGCACUCCUCUUGCAGAUGCAAUAUUUUACAAGAACAUUGAUGUAAUCAAGAUUCUUGAGAUACAUGGAGCUAAGCAUCCGGUUGCUCCAAUGCACGUGAAGACUCCUCGUGAAGUCCCUGAGUAUGAAAUCAAUCCUAAUGAGCUUGAUUUUACUCAAAGCAAAGAGAUAACAAAGGGAACUUACUGUAUGGCAAUGUGGCGUGGCAUUCAAGUUGCGGUGAAAAAGCUCGAUGAUGAAGUUUUGAGCGAUGAUGAUCAAGUGAGGAAAUUCCACGAUGAGCUUGCAUUGCUCCAAAGGCUUAGGCAUCCAAACAUUGUGCAGUUUCUUGGUGCUGUAACUCAAAGUAAUCCAAUGAUGAUUGUGACUGAGUAUUUGCCCAGGGGAGAUUUGCGUGAAUUGCUCAAAAGAAAAGGACAAUUGAAACCAGCUAAUGCUGUUAGAUAUGCCCUUGAUAUUGCAAGGGGAAUGAGUUAUCUUCACGAGAUCAAAGGAGACCCUAUAAUCCACCGCGAUCUUGAACCUUCAAACAUUUUACGGGAUGAUUCAGGGCAUCUGAAAGUUGCAGACUUUGGAGUAAGCAAGCUAGUUACUGUUAAAGAAGACAAGCCUUUCACAUGUCAAGACACUUCUUGUCGGUAUAUUGCUCCGGAGGUUUUCACUAGUGAAGAAUACGAUACAAAA